CUUUUUCUUUUUUUUUUUUUGGGACAUUAAAAUUCCUAACUUUCUUUGAAUUUCCAGAACUUCCUCUCUCUCUCUCUCUCUCUCUCUCUCUAUCUAAAAGACUCCUUCUUUUUCUAUUUAUUUUUUCCCUUCUAUUUUCCAAGUUCCAUAGGACCCUUUUCUUCACCAAAUUUUCUCGACCUUUUUGUUAACCUGAAGAUCAGCCGUCUUUGAUUUUCUGGGUUUUCCUGAUGUUGCAAUUGUUCUUCACUGUGGCUUUCUCUGCAGUCCCUUUGACUCUCUAUGUUCCUCCAAUUAGAAGCUUAAACCUUUUUGUAGAAACCAUGGAAGAUCUACUCAGAGAGUCAAGAACAUAUACCCAUAGGGUGUACCCGCGCGUACGGCAUAUAUGGGCAAGGAUCUUGGAUUGUAUACUUUGCAACACAAGGUAGAUUUAGAUCGGUUUCCCAAUCAAAUUCCACUGUAUAUCUUCUUUUCUUUUUUUUCUUUUUUUCCUCUGGAAAUUUUUGUUUAUUUGGGUACUCAAAUAAAGGUGUGAACUUUGUUGUUCUGGGUGGUGUUAUUGCUGUUUUUGUUGAUCCUGUUGCGGGAAUAUGCAGUGAAAAAUUUGUUGAAAAUGUAUGAGAAUCAUUUACUGGUUUAUGUUCUUUGACAUAUAGAACAGAAUUAAGAAAUCAGAAUCAUGGGUUUGUUUGUUUA